AUGAAAUUAAUUUCUGGGUGUUGGAGGUGCUAUUGGAAUUUGGGAGCAAAAUUGAAGUUUCGGAGGAAAAUUGGGAGCUGUUCAUUUGGUGAACUCUAUUUAGUUACUUUUUCAUUUUUACGUGCGAACAUACAGAAUGGAGAAGAAGUAGGUGUCAAGCUGCCGAGCGGUGAUCCGUACUCUAAUGCCAGAGGAAGCCAAGGUUUUUAUGGAAUCCUACUUUGUUGGUGGUAUUGGAAAAGGCAAAAAACAAAUUUUUGGCAGCGGCACUCCAGUUGUUAUUCGAUUGCUACAUCACUUGUGACAUUAAUCAUUGGUAUUGAAAAAGCAAGAAAGACAAACUUGCAUUUGAUGAGCAAACCAGUACUUGGAAGCGACGUCAUGGCUAUUAGACAUCAAGACAAAUAG